AGUCUAUCUUCUCCUUCUGACAUGUCUUACAACUGCUGUCUGCCCAACCUGAGCUGCCGCUCCAGCUUCUCCGCCCGGCCCUGCGUGCCCCCCAGCUGUCGCAGCUGCACCCUGCCCGGGGCCUGCAACAUCCCCGCCAACGUGGGCAGCUGCAGCUGGUUCUGCGAGGGCUCCUUCAACGGCAGCGAGAAGGAGACCAUGCAGUUCCUGAACGACCGCCUGGCCAGCUACCUGGAGAAGGUGCGCCAGCUGGAGCGGGACAACGCGGAGCUGGAGAGCCGCAUCCGGGAGCGGAGCCAGCAGCAGGAGCCGGAAGUGUGCGCCAACUACCAGUCCUACUUCCGCACCAUCGAGGCGCUCCAGCAGAAGAUCCUGUGCACCAAGUCUGAGAAUGCCAGGCUGGUGGUGCAGAUUGACAACGCCAAGCUGGCCGCAGACGACUUCAGGACCAAGUAUGAGACGGAGCUGGGCUUGCGGCAGCUGGUGGAGUCGGACAUCAAUGGCCUGCGCAGGAUCCUGGACGAGCUGACCCUGUGCAAGGCCGACCUGGAGGCCCAGGUAGAGUCCUUGAAGGAGGAGCUGCUCUGCCUCAAGCAGAACCACGAGCAGGAAGUCAACACGUUGCGUAGCCAGCUUGGAGACCGCCUCAACGUGGAGGUGGACGCGGCCCCCACCGUGGACCUGAACAGCGUGCUCAAUGCGACCAGGAGUCAGUAUGAGGCUCUGGUGGAGACCAAUCGCAGGGACGUGGAGGAAUGGUUCACCACCCAGACCGAGGAGCUGAACAGGCAGGUGGUGUCCAGCUCGGAGCAGCUGCAGUCCUACCAGGCGGAGAUCAUCGAGCUGAGACGCACGGUCAACGCCCUGGAGGUGGAGCUGCAGGCCCAGCACAACCUGAGAGACUCUCUGGAGAACACGCUGACGGAGACGGAGGCCCGCUACAGCGCCCAGCUGUCCCAGGUGCAGGGCCUGAUCACCAGCGUGGAGUCCCAGCUGGCGGAGAUCAGGAGUGACCUUGAGCGUCAGAACCAGGAGUACCAGGUGCUGCUGGACGUCCGGGCCCGGCUGGAGAGUGAGAUCAACACGUACCGGGGCCUGCUGGAGAGCGAGGACUGCAAGCUCCCCUGCAACCCAUGUGCCACAACCAACGCAUGUGACAAGUCCAUUGGGUCCUGCAUCUCCAAUCCUUGUGCCCCACGCAUUCGGUGUGGGCCUUGCAACACUUUUGUGUGCUAGAGGUCCCGGUGCCAGGAGGAGGAGAGGGGCUCCAAAGUCGCAUCUCAGCCCUACUGCAUCCAAACGUCUCCUACAGUGACCACACCUUGGACAAGGGAAGAAACUUUUACCAGCACCAGCUUCCAAGUGUCAACUCUAGCCUUCCACCGAACUCCCUGGCUUGAUCCUUUAGCACAAGAGACUGCAAAGUCUACUUACUGACUCAGUCUGUCUUCUGAGUCACAUAGAGAA